AUAACUCGAGUCGUCCCAAAACUGAGGUCCCUGUUAGCGUCUUCAUGCCUCAGAGCCAUUCAGAGUCACAUUGUUCUCUCGAAGCUGCACAUCUGUAGGAAUGAGAUAAGAGGAUUUAAAGUAAAACCAAACAUCAGCAAGUCGCUGAAGGGAGAGCAGCUAGCUAUGGAGCCACGGGCAUCAGUCACAUCCUUCAAGGACAUCCCAGUACGCCGAUGGAGCCUGCGUUCCAGCUGCAGUCUACCUUAUGGCUCUUUUGCAAACAGCCUGGCGUCUCUCGCACCCGAUGCUGAGGAGAAACCUGCCAUAUCGCCCAAGCGCGCCUAUGUCACUAUGUUUGUGCUUUGCUACAUCAACUUGCUCAACUACAUGGAGCGGUACACAAUAGCAGGCGUCCUUACAGAUAUUCAAAAAUUCUUUGAUAUAAAGGACAGCACCGCUGGACUUCUGCAGACAGUUUUCAUCUGCAGUUUUCUCCUUUUGGCCCCUCUCUUCGGUUACCUUGGCGACCGCUACAAUCGCAAAUACAUCAUGAUUGGCGGCUUGAGUGUCUGGCUUUUGACUGCAACCGCCAGCUCUUUUGUCAAUGAAUCGCAAUUCUGGCUUCUCGCCCUGCUGCGAGGCCUGGUCGGGACCGGAGAAGCCAGCUAUUCCACCGUCGCUCCGACCAUCAUAAGCGAUCUCUUUACUGGGGGCAAAAGGAGCAUCAUGAUCUGCAUCUUCUACAUCUUUAUCCCUGUCGGAAGCGGUCUUGGGUAUAUAACAGGGCGUGGCUUUGCAUCUCUCACGGGGGACUGGCACUGGGCUCUGAGGAUCACACCCAUCAUGGGCGCAGUGGGACUCAUUUUGAUGAUCGUUUUGUGCCCCAACCCGCCGAGAGGUGCUGCAGAAACCCAUGGAGAGGGUGUGACUGAGCAGAGCUCUUACUUGGAGGAUGUCAAAUAUCUUCUGAAGAAUAAAAGUUACGUGUGGUCAUCGUUGGGAGUGACGGCCCUGGCCUUCCUCACCGGGGCGCUGGCUUUCUGGCUGCCUAACUUUUUGUCCCGAGCUCGUGUCUAUCAGAAACUCAGCGACAAACCAGGUGACUCCUCGGACAGUUACAUCUUUGGUGCUGUAACGGUGGCCACGGGCAUUCUGGGCGGGGCUCUCGGCACUAGUUUAUCCAGACGGUUUAGAGACAAGGUGCCAAAUGCUGAUCCACUCAUCUGCGCCGUGGGCAUGCUUGGAUCAGUGCCGUGCCUCUUUAUCACCAUCUUUGUGGCAUCAGCAAGCAUUCCCGCCACUUAUGUGUUCAUUUUCUUGGGCGAGCUGCUGCUCUCGUUGAACUGGGCGGUCUUGGCUGACAUACUGCUGUAUGUUGUCGUACCAACAAGGAGGGCGACAGCAGAGGCUCUGCAGAUUACAGUCGGACAUCUCCUGGGUGAUGCUGGGAGCCCUUACUUAUUAGGAGUGAUCUCUGAUGCUAUAUACCCAGGUAGCCCCGACAGGAACUUUGACAGUUUGAAGUACAGCCUGCUGCUCUGCCCCGUGGUCGGGAUUGUCGGGGGAGUGUUUUUCGUCGUUACUGCCGUCUACAUUGCUGAAGACAGGAAAGCAGUGCAGCAGCUGCUUGGAGAGGAACCCCAACCACCGCAGCAUCCUGCACCUGAGCCCUCGGUGGAGCUGAGCAAUAGGGGAAGUGUGUAACGUCUUGCAAAACGAGUCAUGCAAUGAAUGUUAAGUUAUGAGCCCCUGUUACACAGACGAACGGCUUUCAGUCUGUGCAGUGUUUAACACCAUUUGUAAACGAGAGUCCGUUUCCGUUUUCACCUCAGUGUAAUCUCACAGGAGAAGUUUGUCUUUUAAAAUGGUCACAUUGUUACCUCACAGCUCUCUGCAGUAGACUUGAAACGUGAAUGCAGUUGUAUUUUUCACUCUAAAUGUUGUUGGUUAUAUUUCUAUUAAAUUUUCAAGCAAAACCUGCUCUCGAGUGUUGCUGAGUUACUCAUGUGUGCUUCAGUCUGCCGGUCGAACUAAAAUAAUAAACUGACACUAAAAUCUCAGUAUUUCAAAGAAGACGUGUCAUUGACAAUACUUCCAAGGAUCAUCACUGAAGUGACUCACUUAUUUUUAAUGCAAAAGAAGAGCAUGUGUGGUUUGUACGGUGAAGCUUAGCUGCUCAAUUCUGUCUACUGACCAGCAGGGGGCGACUUGAUCUGACAAAGUGAAAAUGAUAUUAAAGUAUAGAGUGUUGUCUGUGUUAUUAAGUACCACGAGUGUCUUGUGUUGUUUCUCGGUCAGAGUCGACCCUCAUCUGGUUUAAAGAAGAAAAGCAACAACAACACGGUGACAGGCACAAUGCUCAAACCAAGACUCCAGGACAGGCCAUCAUUUAUAUACAGUUUGAUAGUAUGGUCCAGAGGAGGAAUAAGUGGACGAGUGGUUCAAUGAAGGAAAGAAGCAGAAAACAAAACUCUGUCAUAAAGUAUUUUCUGCUUUAAAAAACAAAGAAAAAAGCAAAACAAAAAUGUUUGGAUGCCUUUCAGAGAAAAUGCUUCUGUCUGACAUGAAGCAGGAGGCUGAACUUGGUGUUGUUCUGUAAGGCCGUUAUCCAUCUAGUUUUAUGUUCUUGAUGACUGAUGAUGACAUGACUCCUUUUGCUGACGCUCAUCUGUGGAAGAGCUCCAAAAACGUGCCCAAGUAUUCACAGCGAGUAUCGUCACAUUAACCUUGACUAUCCUAACCAACGUGCUAGAGCAGGGCGAUAUGGCCAAAAAUAUUUAUCGCGAUAUAUAUUUGAAAAUUUGCAAUAACGAUAUAACUGACGAUAUAAU